UCUAUCGUCAUAGUCAUCUCCUGUGGUUUUGAUGGAUAAUGGCGGUUUACAUGAACGUAUUAGGACAGUCUUGUAAAUAUAGAUUGCAUCUAAAUUUAACGAUGUUUAAUUGUGAUGUGAAUUGUAUUGCAUCUAGCUGAUUUGUAGCACGACGCUGUUCAUCGGCCUAGGUACUCGCACACUGUCAGAUAACGCCACCUGUCUAAAGAUGCCACCUUUUCGUCUGUUUGGGGAGAAGCAGCUUCCCACUGCAGUUAUAUUUAUGGUCUGGUCUCCAAAGAGGGAUCUCAUCGCGCUUGCCAACAAAGCUGGGGAGCUUUUGUUGCACCGCUUGGCCAAUUUUCAGCGUGUUUGGAGUUUAGCUCCAAAUGAAAACACAGGAAAGGAAAUAUCUUCUGUUGCUUGGAGACCUGAUGGCAAAGUUUUGGCCUUCAGUCUUGCCGAUACAAGUCGGGUUGUUCUUUGUGAUGUAGAGAAAGCUGAGGUCUUGCACUGUUUCCCUAUUGAAUCUCCAGUGGCAUGCAUGCAUUGGAUGGAAGUGUCUGAAGAAAACAGCAAUCACACUUCAGUUUUUAGUGCUGAAGAUGAAUCAAAUCUUUUCCUAACAAAACUUCCAGCAGUACCAAAAAGCUACAGCACAACUUCAAAAAUUUUCAGUGAAGAAAAAUCUGAUGAAAUUAUGAAGCUUCUUGAUGAUGUCAGGCUUAACAUUCUUGUAACUGGAGGAAGUGGAAAUAUCAUAGAGUUUUAUGCAUAUGGGAUGUACAAGAUUGCUACAUCAUGUGGGGUCCCUGGUACUUGUCAGGGUCUGUGUUUAUCCAGUGAUCUUAAGUCUCUCUCACUUAUUACUGAAAUCAAGACUACCACAAAUGAACGUGAAAUAGUUUAUCUUCAGCUUGAUACCAGCUUGCUAUCAGAUUACCUUCCAGAAGUAACCCGAAUGGCUAGAAAGUUCACACAUAUAUCUACUCUAUUACAGUAUCAAAAAUUGUCACUGACAUGUAUGUGUGAGGCAUGGGAAGAUAUCCUGAUGCAAAUGGACUUGAAGCUAACAAAAUUUGUGCAGGAGAAAAAUACGACUACUUCAGUCCAAGAUGAAUUUCUGGAACUCCUUUUAUGGGGAAAAGCAAGCCCUGAACUGCAAGCGUUAUUGAUAAACCAACUGACAGUGAAGGGAUUAAAGAAGCUUGGACAGUCCAUUGAGUCUUCUUAUUCCAGCAUUCAAAAACUUGUAAUUAGCAACUUGCAGAGUGGUUCAGAGGCACUCUUGUAUCACCUUAGUGAGCUCAAAGGAAUGGCAUUAUGGAAACAAAAGUAUGGACCCAUUGGAUUAGACUCAGCCAAGAUAGAAGAUGCAGUCACUGCAGUUGGGUCUUUCAUUCUCAAGGCGAAUGAGCUUUUACAAGUUAUAGACCGCAGUAUGAAAAACUUCAAAGCAUUCUUUCGAUGGUUAUAUGUAGCAAUGCUUAGAAUGUCAGAAGAUCAUGUUCCCCCAGAAUUAAACAAGAUGACACAAAAGGAUAUUGCAUUUGUUGCAGAUUUUCUUUCUGAACAUUUUAAUGAGGCUCCAGAACUCUAUGAUCGGAAAGGGAAAUACUUUAAUGUAGAAAGAGUUGGCCAGUACCUAAAAGAUGAAGAUGAUGAUCUUGUAUCCCCUCCAAACUAUGAAGGAAAUCCUUGGGUUAAUUUUGUACAAAAUAGCCCCCACCUUAAAGAAAGCCCAUUACUUUUUCCAUGUUAUCCAACAAAAUCGCUUCAUUUUGUGAAGCGAGUCAUGGAAGGAGCAAUUGAUCUAUGCUUGGAGAAGCCUGCUGAAAUUAUUGGGAAAUCAGUGAAAGAAGCAAGUUGUAUAACUCUUUAUACAACAACAAUAAACACCUCUACUCCCCGAUUACUUGAACUGCCAUCUCUAUGGAAUGAAAAAAAAUCUGGGAUGCAUUAUGUGGUUUUCACUAUGCCUGAAAUUUCAUCCAGCAAAAUAUACAUCAUGAAGAGAUCAACAGACUUUUCCAGAGUUGUCACUUGUGGUCUGUUAGCCGUUGACCUUGGGAAUCUCCUUAUCGGCAAUAUUGAUGACAGAACUGACACCUGCUGUUACAGUUGCCUAGAUGCUCGAUUCUAUGAUGAUGAAACCCUAACAGUUGUACUCGAAACUGCAGAGGAGGAUCACAGGGAGAGAAUAUUAGCACAGUUACCACUGAAUUCAGUGUAUAUAAAUGAAAAAGAUUUCAGCUGGGACCCUAGUCAGAGACUUGAUCAACAGAGUGGUCAUAUUCCUGUUCAAAAUGUAGUGCUAGAGAAUCAGUGGAGAGCUUUGGAUAACAUGAAAGCACAUUAUGUUGCUGUGAAUGGAAUUCGCAGAAUUUCCUGUGUGCUGAGCUCCAAUUUGCGCCAUAUCCGUGUUUUUGAAAUGGAUGUGGAGGAAGAAGAAGAAGAUGAGAAACAAGAUUUGCAGAAUGCAAGUGCUGAUCUCAAUCAAGUUGAGGAGUCACUGACCAGUGGUGAUGGGUCAGAAGUGCAGGAAGACUGUGACACAGCUGAAACACAUGAUUUACAGAAAGAAAAUGAUUCUCUCCUACAGACUUGAAUGUCUUUAAGAGGUUUAGCUGCUUUCACACAAUAUUUUUACUCCACAGAAUGUGGUUAUCAGAAAAAAGUAGGGACUUUAGGAUAUUAAACAUUUGUUGUACAUCA